UACUGCGGAAGUGGACGUCCACUGAGCUCUAAAUGUUUUCACGCCGGGAUUUGUCUUCUAUAAAAACGUUUAUUACUCGCGUAUUAAGGGCAUAGUCAUUUUACAACAGCAGUCAAACGCACAGGGCUCCAGCUCCCACUCUUAAUAUAGUUAGAACAGGCUUAUAUACCUGUGGUUGUGCUUGUUAUGAGCACAAACAGAUGCUUGUUUACCAGAAUUAUGCAGCAAAAGGACAAGUGAGUGUGGAAACUGCAGGUAAUCCUAAAUAAUGCUUGAUCGUGUAUUGUCAGGAUGGUUUUGGUUUCGAUCAGAUCGCCCUGGCUUCUGUCUGGGAACAUCUGUAUUGAUAACACUCAUGCUGCUGUUGUACACUGGGAGCAUACAGGCAAGUCUCAGCAUAGGUCCAGGUGGAGACUUCCCAGGGGUCAGAGAUGUGUUCCUGUACGCGUUCAGUCAUGAUGAGCUGCCCUCUCUGCUGGUCAGUGUGGCUCUCCUGCUGCUGGUUGGACGGUGUCAGGAGCGUCGCUGGGGGACAGUCGCCUUCCUCGCCGUCUCCAUCCUGACAGUGACCAUAUUACCUCUCAUUUACACCCUGGUCCUCUUUGUCGGUGGAGGCGAGGCAAGUCGGAUCAGUGGUUACUCUGCCAUCCAGCUGGCUCUGUUCACAGCGCAGUGUCGUCAGGUGACACAGAGGAGGCUGCUGAGGUGUUUGCCAGUCUGGUUUCUCCCCUGGCUUCUUCUGCUGAUUGGUCUGCUGCUGCUGCCCGGGACACCCGCCCUGCUUCACUUCUGCGCAAUAUGCAUCGGACACAACUAUAAUCAGCCCUUCAUUGGGACGUUACAGGAGCUGGAGGAGACGAUGGUCUUGGAUUUUAUCCCUGAUUGGGCAUAUGUUCCAACUUCAGCCCGGUUCAGAUUGCCAACCCACACUACCUCACAGAGAUCUAGAUCACCUCCUCAGAGAAUGCCUGUAGAUCAGGCAGCUGCUGCCCCCAUGAGGGAUCCCUCUGCUGUAAACCACCACCAGUGGUUGGAUCCAGUGCCUGCCUGGCUAAUAAGAGAGUCUGCUGCACAGUCUGAGGCCGAGGUGUUGGAGGAACAAAUGCUAAGGGCAGGGAUACUGGCGUCAUUACAGGAUGCUCCUGACGACCCCGGUGCAAAAGUGGAGGUAUCCAAAUCAUCAGUUUCCUCUCUGCGACUCCAGCAGCUGGAGAGGAUGGGCUUCCCCACAGAGAAAGCUGUAGUAGCACUAGCGGCCUCUAAACAGCUAGAUGGCGCCAUUUCUCUGCUCAUUGAUGACAGCGUCGGAGAACAGACUGUGGUGGUGUCGAAAGGGAAGAGCCCUCCGCCACCGCAGAGCACCUAGACGAGCUCAUUCUCCUGGACUGAGACUGUUUGCUUUUGUGCAGUAUACUGGACAUACAUUAUGCUUGGGUUUUGCUGAGCUUUAAUAUUAGAUUUUCCCUGUGGGCUACUUAUAGAGCUAUUUUAAUGAUCACAAUUCCUGUGGGAAAAGUGGCAGGAAAGACUUGAGUUGCUCUUUUUCCAGACUUACCAAGUGUAGAUGCAAACUUGACAGCUUUGGAGGCAGUUUCUUAUCAUAAAAUGUACAUCGGAGAGAGAGAGGAUGUCAUUUAUUGUAAUCAUGUUUAAUAAAUACUGUUGUAACACAAA